AUGAGAAAGAUUAUCACUUUUGACGAACCUAAUAUUCCGACAUUAGACAACAGCAUAAAACGAAAUAAAAAUAUAUUUGUUCAAGCAUUAGUUUAUAAUAAAACAUUCGCUCCUGCAAGAAUACAAUUGGAAACAUUUAGUCACGAUUAUGAAGAGCUGUCAGUGAGACAAACCAUAAAUGGACCUGUUCACUACUAUAGUAUUGAACAAAUUUAUUUUGCAAUUACAACUAAUCGAUAUCGAAUUCGAGAGACAAUUGAAUUUUUGAAAUUUUGGGCAAUAACACCAGAUAUUCGAUGUUUAAUGGUUUUUGAGAGCAAAAGUUUGCCCUCUGAGAAUUAUAUCCAAAGAUACCUUGCAACUCAUGGAAUUUCAUGUAAAAUACAAACUUCAAAUGCCACUCGUUAUGAAGAGCGAUAUCUCGAGUUAAUUCAACAAGUUUGGUAUUCAUCAAAUACAAGUUCAUAUGUUGAUUUGGAAAAAGUGGCAUGGUUUGCUUUUGGAGAUGACGAUACUGUUUGGUUCCUAAACAAUCUAUUACAAACAUUAAAAUACUACAAUGCAUCUGAUCCAAUCUAUUUAGGUAAUAUUUCUGACAACUUAGAUGCCCUUCAACGUCAUGGAACUUAUUUCGCUUUUGGAGGUGGUGGUAUUCUUUUAAGUCGAACUUUAGCAUUACAAGCAGCACAGCAGAGUAAAGAUUGUCAACGACUCGUUCAUAAUACGUUUGGUGGUGAUAUGAUGAUCGGCAAAUAUGAUAUCAAACAAAAAGAAUUAUGGGAAUUUCAAAAAACAAUUAUCUAA